AUGAGUAGGGGCAUUCGAGCGCUACCGCUCCGCGCCAGCUCGCGCCCAUCUGUCGGGGAAAGGACAUACAAAAGCGGAGUGGUCAGUGGCGGCGGGUUGACGACGAGUAUCAGUCAGGGGCCUAGAGAGCCGUCGUUGCUGUCACAGACAAUCCCCGAGCACUUUUCUUCCAUUGUCUCGCAAUUCGGAGAUCGCCCGGCCGUUAUCUGUCGCUCACCAACGACAGCCCGAGAUGCACUACCAAGCAUACCUGCCAGCGGUAUCCCAGGGGCUUCUGAAAGGGUCCUCAGCUAUUACGCACUCGACCUGGAGUCAAAUGCAAUCGCUCACUCGCUCCGCUCACUGGGCGUCAAGAAAGGUGACCGAGUCGCCGUGAGUCUUGGGAACUGUGCCGAGUUCGCCGCUCUCACCUAUGCCAUCUUCAAGCUGGGCGCCAUCCUCGUUCCGCUGAAUCCGGGUUUCAACGUGAAGCAAGUCACUGCAGCACUGAACCACCUCGGGGUUGAACUCUUGGUCAUUGGGGCUGUCACUGAUCUCGCUUACAAGCCCUGCCGCGGACGGAGUAACCUACCGCUACUACAAACCAUCGUCCCAGACCUUGAGUCUGGUCGUGUCGAAGCGCCCGAGAUUCCAACUCUCAAAACGGUGGUUGUAGUCGACAACGCAGCUUCCCACCCCCUCUCCUGCUUUCCUGCUUUAUCUUCCCUCCGUUCAUUGACAUCGUUCAAGUCCCUGCUGCCAGACCUCGGUGAUCUCCGAGGCUCCUCAAGCGUCGCCUCGCGUCAAAUUAUCCCGGACUCACCGAUCUCUGCCUCGGAAACCAUCAACAUUCAAUUCACGUCUGGCACGACGUCACAGCCCAAAGCAGCCAUGCUCUCACACACCAACAUACUCAACAACGGCUUCUUCAUCGCCCACCGAAUGGGUUUGGAACCAUCCGAUCUGAUUGUGUGCCCGCCGCCACUCUUCCACUGUUUUGGCUCCGUCCUGGGCUACAUGGCGACGGCAACGACGGGCGCAGCCAUCCUCUUCCCAUCGCCCGCCUUCGACCCGCUCGCCACUCUCCGAAUGGCUGCCGAGCACAAGGCCACGGGUCUCUACGGCGUCGCUACAAUGUUCGUCGCCAUGUUGGAGCUCCUGCACCCGCCCACCGUCCCGGAGGAGCACAUCCGUGCUUUCCCCACCCACUUACGCAAGGGUAUCGCAGCCGGCAGCUCUGUCCCUGAGUCCCUCCUACGCAAGCUCUACGACACACUCGGGCUGAGCGACCUCGUCAUCUGCUACGGCAUGACCGAGACCAGCCCGGUGAGCUGCAUGACCUCGCCCGACGAUCCCUUUGCCAAGAGGACGGCGUCAGUGGGCAAGGCUAUGCCUCAUACUAAAGUCAAGGUAGUAGACCCGGAUGACCGCUCUAGAGUGGUGCCUAUCGGACAGCGUGGAGAGCUGGCUGCUGCUGGGUACCUCGUCAUGAGGGGGUAUUGGGGGGAUGAGGAGCGCACCGGCGAGGUGAGGACGGUGGAGAAGGACGAGGACGGAAAUGAGGUGGUUUGGCUCUACAGCGGCGAUGAGGCCAGCAUGGACGAGCAGGGGUACGUGGAGAUAACGGGGCGGAUCAAGGAUCUCAUCAUCCGCGGAGGGGAGAACAUCCGUCCGCUGGAGAUUGAGAACUGCCUGUUUCAGCACCCCCUGGUGGCAGAGGUGAGCGUGGUGGGGGUGCCGGAUGAGAGGUACGGAGAGAGCGUCGGCGCGUUUGUGAUUGCGCACGAGGGCGUCGAGGUCGAGGGAGAAGAGCUGGCUAGGGAGCAACCCGGGAACGCGGAGUUGCUGACGAGGGAGAGCGUGAGGGAAUGGGUGCGAACGCAUUUGUCGAACCACCUCGCACCGAAGCAUGUCUGGUUCGUCCACGAGUACCCCAAGACGGCGAGCGGCAAGAUUCAGAAGUUCAAGCUGAGGGAUAUGGCUACGGCGCUGGCGAAGGCGGGAAAGUAG